AUGGAUCCUCUUGUCAGCCCGGCCGACGUGUCAGUACAGGUAUCAGUUGCCUCUGACAGUCCGGUUGAGAAACCAUCUUUUGCAACUGAGCGUCGAGUAACUCCAUCAUGGACAGUCACACAGCUCAAAAUAAAGCUCGAAACUAUGACUGGGAUUCCUCCAGGCAGCCAACGGUUAAUGUUAAAGUCCCCAGGACGCGAACACCAAUGGAUGGAUGGUGAAGAAAAAGUUAUUAGCCAGUGGGGAAUUGCAAAGGGCUGUGAGAUCGAGGUAUAUAGAAUAACCACACUUGAAUUCUGUUUGGCUUGUUUCUGGAUACUACCCCCCAUGCAAGUUUGGCCUGGACAGAUCCAUGACCAGCGCCCUGUGGCUGCGCGUCCAAACUACUCCGAUGUUUCGACGACUGAGAAGUUUGAACUCCCGGAUUCUACCUACGAGUCACUACCAAAUAGUGUUCUUGCAUGGAAGAAAGCUCAAAAACUUGGACGUUUUGAUCCAAAUGCUGCAUCUCCAGAAGACAAAGCGAGACAACAGGUUCAGAAGGAUGCCAAUGAAAUUAAAACCAAAGGGGAAAUACCUGAUGAUUUGGCACCAAUAUGGGUAGGUAUCGAACUUGACGAGCCUACUGGUAAGAAUGAUGGUAGUGUGAACGGGGAGAGAUAUUUCACCUGCCCAAACAACUGCGGUGUUUUUGUCAAACCAGAGAAAGUUGAGGUUGGCGACUACCCGCCACUGGGAUUGGAUUUGGACGAGGACAUGGAAGAGAUCUAA